AUGAAACCACCAAAAGGUUACACUGGAGGAAAGGAGGGGCAAGUAUGUAGGCUGAAAAGAAGCUUAUAUGGUCUGAAGCAAGCUUCUAGGCAAUGGAAUCUAGAACUGACCAAGUUCUUCAUUGAGCAUGGCUAUACACAAUCCAAAAGAGAUUAUUCAAUGUUCUCUAAAAUUGAAAAUGGAAAGCAGACAAUUGUGCUAGUUUAUGUUGAUGAUCUUCUUGUCACUGGAGAUGACACAAAUGAGAUGAAAAAGCUCAAAACAGAACUUGACAAUGCCUUCACUGUGAAGGAUCUUGGAGAGAUGAGAUAUUUUCUUGGGAUAGAAGUUUCAAGAAGUCCAAAAGGAACCAUGUUAAAUCAAAGAAAGUUCAUUCUUGACAUACUGAAAUCAACAGGGACUGAGGACUGUAAACCUGCAAAGUUCCCCUUUCCCAAAGGGAUCAAAUUAUCAGUUGAUCAAGGUGAACUACUAGAAGAUCCUGAAAUAUAUAGAAGAAUCAUUGGAAGGUUGUUGUACUUGAAUCUGACAAGACCUGAUAUUUCCUAUAGUGUGCAGCAGUUGAGUCAGUUUAUGUGUGAGCCAAGAAAACCACACUUGCAGGCUGCUAUCCAUGUGGUAAAGUACUUGGCUGGUACAAUUGAUUGGGGUUUAUACUACCCUGCUGAUUCUGAAGUAAAGCUAAGCUCAUUCUGUGAUUCAGAUUGGGGAAACUGUGCCUUUAGUUCAAGAUCUCUCACUGGAUACUGUGUUUUCUUAGGAAAAUCACUAGUGUCUUGGAAAACAAAGAAGCAAAACACUGUGUCAAAGUCAUCAACAGAAGCAGAAUAUAGAUGUAUGUCACAAACAACAAGUGAGAUUGUUUGGUUGAAUGGGGUACUAGAAGACCUGGGGUUCACUGUACCUAAGCCUAUUGAUUUAUUCUGUGACAACAAGUCAGCAAUUCAUCUUGCACAUAACCCUGUUUUCCAUGAAAGAACAAAACACUUGAAUGUGGAUUGUCAUUAUGUGAGAGAUCACAUCCUGGAUGGGCUGCUAAACGUUCUUCAUGUUCGAUCCUUUCUCCAGUUAGCUGAUUUAAUGACUAAGUCUCUCAGUGAGCAACAGCAUAAUCAUCUCUCUUUCAAGUUGGGCAUCACUCCCUCAGCUCCAACUUGA